AUGGCUGCCAACUUUGAGGAAGUCGCGAAGCAAUUCGUGACCUUCUACUACUCUCAGUUCGAUAGCGACCGAAAGCAGCUCGCUUCUCUCUACCGCGAGCAGUCCAUGAUGACUUUCGAGUCUACGGCUACCCAGGGCGCCCAGGCUAUCGUCGAGAAGCUCGCUGGUCUUCCUUUCCAGCAAGUCAAGCACCAGGUUUCUACCCUGGAUGCCCAGCCCAGUGUUAACGGCGGUGUGUUGGUCCUGGUCACCGGCCAGCUGUUGGUCGAUGAGGAGCAACGCCCCAUGAGCUACGCUCAGGCUUUCCAGCUCAUGCCCGAGGGUGGUUCUUUCUUCGUCUUCAACGAUGUCUUCAAGCUCGUCUACGGUUAA